CUCAGACGUCGUCACUGCCGUCUCGUCCUCCCUUCGUCCUGCGAGCGCCCAGACUUCCAACACUACCGCACCUCCACCUCUGCAACGACAUAGGAGUGGCCAGCAGCAGCAGCAGCAUCAGGAUGAGCGUGUCGUUGAGCUGCCCACGUCGAGAUGGCAAAGGGCAGCUUGGAAGUCGGAGGAGUUCCCAGAGCUGAGUCAUGACCAGUUGAUGGAUCUUUGGCCGGAUGAUGAGGAGGUGAGGCUCUGCGUACGCAAGGCGGUGGAGGAGAUGGCCCGUGAGUGAGGCAGCAGGGUCCGAUACGAUACGGCGAGGCAAUAGCUGCUGAGCAUGGCGUGGUACUGACGACAGAGGGAACGCUGCUCCUGGCUUGCGAUUGUCCAUGACAGUGAAUUGGGCGCUCGAUCCUCGCCUGGUGGGCGGGCAGCGCUCCGAGUCAAACCGGGGCAGUGCAGCCAUCAUCUCUCUGCUGAGCCACCUCUCCAUCGAUGCUGCUUCAUCGCACAAGCAAGACAAGUCUCAAGCCUCCGGCGCUCUUCCUACAGGCCAGCAGUCCUCUGAAGACACAAGAGAGCGAGACUCAUCGACCACCGCAAGUGAAGCGAUCAAGCCAGCAAAGCAGUACGAGCGACAUGACUUGCUGCGAGCCAUUGAGCGCCAAGAUCACGAGACGAUCAUCGCGAUCCGCAAUAGCAACUUUGACCUGCUGAUCGAUUCUGCCCCCGGUGCAUCAGCUUCCGCUCCAGCUCAGACGCCCCUAGGGUAUGCCAUUUCGCUCGGUCCCAAGUGGGCUGGAACGCAGAUUGUGCUCACAGGAGCUCUUUCUAAAUUCGUCAAUUCGCUGCCUGACCCAGAGGAAAUGGCCGAGCUGGCGAACGCGAUUGAGGGAGGAGCAGCGGGAGGAGCGGGAAAGAAGAGGAGGAUGGAAUAUGAUCCGAGGACGAUGGGCAGAUUGCGCAAGUUGAGGGGGAACCUCAAGCUUGCUGUCGAUCACUCCCUCGCCACUUCACAGAGCGGCCUCCUUGCCUCCUACGUGCAGGUGCUGCUCAUCUCCGGUGGAGCUGCUUUCAUAGACGAUUCCGUCUCUUCGCUACGCAACUCCAUCCACUCCCUCUACGGCACCUCUUCCUCCCGCCCUGGAUCCUCAAUGAUCAUCUCUUCGACGCACUCGCCUACAAACGAGUCGAGGACGUACGUUCUGCAGUUCGUCAAUGAGGGACUCAAGAAGAGGGAGAGAGUGGCGGCAGUGCAUGAUCUCGUGGAGAAUGCCACGGGGGAUCUAGUCUUGAUGGCUUUGUGGGAAGUCGUCAGGCUCACCUCACAGGAAGUCUCUGCUAUCUCUGCCUCUUCCGCCUCGGUGGACUCCUCGCUGCUGGAGGACCUGUCCUCCCCUCUCCCACCUUACUUCCUGGCCCGCGAUGACCGCAUCACCGGCGCUUUUCUAGAACGACUGAACUCCCUCGCGCGCCUGCUGGACUCGCCCAAUUGCACAGUCAAGAGGAGAGGCACAGAGUGGACUCGCACUAGAGGCGUGGCUGAGGAGCUGGAGGGUGGAUCUGGCAGAGUGAGGAGGUUUGAGAGUGCCGAGAGGGUUUCAGUGAUUGAGAGGGCCCUCGGAGGGAGCAGACUGGGUGGAGAGAGGGGAGGAGACUGAAAUCGUGUGACCGGAUUGGCUUGCCCGCGGGGAUGUCUGCUAUGCUAUGUGAUUUUGCUGCAACUGUAACAUUGAUGUAUGCCUCACGAAUCGUCUUCAUCGUCGUCCUCCUUGUCCUGCUUGCCUGUUGUGCGUCUGUCGAUUGCGCGAGUCAA